UCUUGCGCUAGCUUUACCUAAGCAGACCCUUGCUUUACCCCAUAAAUUACCUCAUUGAUUGCUAAUUCUCCAAAUAUUUAACCAAACAAUAUUUUCACGCAUUGUCUUAGCUAACGUUACCCCAUAGCUAUGUGUUGGUGUUUGGCCUCGGAAACUCAGUGAUGUCUAGCUAUCGUUAAAUGGCUAACGUUAGCCAGCUAACUUAGCUUGCUAAUUAGGUAGCUAGCUCCUUCUGUAACGUUGAGCUCGCUCAGUAUUCAGACGUUAUUGUAGUUAACUAGAGCAGUGCAGUCUAAUUGCAUUGAAUAAUUCUGCAUUUGAAGAGCUCUAUCAAGCUAGGUAGAUAGCCCUUCAUUUCCAGGCAGCUUUAGCCACUCACUUCUAGCCAACUUUAGCGGGCACUUUGCAUGGAGACUAGAGUACAUGUUUGUAGAGUGGAAGGAACACACGAUGAUCGAUCAACUGCUUUGCCACCUGAUGAUUUGGGUGGGUGUAGUCUUCUCACACCCCUCAUCCUGAGUGAACCCCCUUGAUGCGCCCCUGUACCCCCAAACACACACGCAUUCAAUCCACGCACCGGCGAUGACACACCAUCCCAACAACUCAGUUCGAGACCACAUGAAAUGGGCUGGGUUGCUGGGCUGUGAGGCAGUGCUGUCCAGCAUGGCCCUAAUGCAGGCCAACAACAUGUCUGGGGGACAAAAGAAGAUGUCACAGCACGACCAGGGCCAGAGGGACAUCAACAACCCUGAGAGCCACCAGCAGCAGUCUCACCAAUCACACCAUGGACACCACAACAAUCACCAGUCCCACCACAGCCACAUGGUCCUGCCCUUGGGGGUCAGCUGUCCACCCCUGUUUAUUAGAAAGGAUGGACACUCAUUUCACGCACCCAGGCUGCUGGAUGAGAAAGAUAUGCAGCCCAGCCAGAAUACACAACCGACAAAAAAGAAGCACAGAAAAUCAGCAACACCCAACAAGCUGAGAGAGAAAGUGGAGCAGGUGGAGAUGGAUAUUAACGGUGAUGAUCAUAAUUCACAAGUACAGAAGAACUUUAUCUGUGAGCACUGCUAUGGAGCAUUCCGAAGUAGCUACCACCUGAAGCGGCACAUUCUCACUCAUACAGGGGAGAAGCCGUUUGCGUGUGACGUGUGUGACAUGCGGUUUAUUCAGCGAUACCACCUGGACAGACACAAGAGAGUUCACAGUGGAGAGAAGCCCUACCAGUGUGAUCGCUGCAAUCAGAGUUUCUCGCGGACGGACCGUCUGCUACGUCAUCGCCGUCUGUGUGGGGCGGGAAGGAGCAUUCCCAAGGAGGAGAACCAGUCAUUCUCCUGCGAGGGCAGAGGAGGAGCCUACUCCCAGGAUGCACCUGGGCACACGGCUGCCUGGAGCCCCCUACAGCAGCAGAACAGCCGUCUGGCUGUCUGACCUUUAACCGCUGACCCUCUCACAGACAACAGUCCUCAGCUCAGUGGCACCACAUACUAGAGCAGACCAGUACUGAAUCCUCCCUCAGCCCAGAUAAACCUGGCUAAGACACCAAACCUUAAGUUUUUCUCACCAGCUAGCUCAUAUCCUGUUGAUGGGAUAGUGGAUUAUUUUCUACUUUUUGUAAUAACUUUUUUAAUAAAUGUUGUAUUGUUACGUACAUGGUACUUAACAGAAGGAGAAGACGAGACCUCGGGUGGGGUGGGAGGAGUUUGGGCAAGCUGUCAUAUUACUACGGCAAUAAUGAAUUCAUUAACUGACAUGUUUUAGCCUCAAUUGGACAAGUGUUUUUUUUUUACUGGAGACUUAAGCUCUUUCCAGACAGUAAGUGAACAUUCGGAAUGGAGUUCGGCAAAAUCGAGCAGAUUCCUAUUAUCUGAGCUAGGCAGCUUUCACGUGCACUGCUGACCGCUCCGCCUGGAUAGAAUUCGCCCCCCCCACCUAGCUCCAUUGAAUGGGAAACUCCACUGCCACUUCCUGCCUGGAAAGCCCUUUAAUGUGAGGUUGGUCUGGUCGUACCAAUAUGAACAAAUGUCUUUGCUUCAAAAAAAAAAUUCUCUAUUUGAUUGUAUGUGUACUCUUAACAUUGGACAAUACUGAUCAGUAACCUAGGACACUCUUCCUGAUCCACUAGCAGCCUCAGUGGCCAAGCACAUACUAUGGACAUUAUUAAGUAUUUGAAGGACAAUGUUGAACACACAAAUCCUUGUGGCCUUGAACCACUCAGAUUCAUUCAAGUUGGUUCUGUUACUACUACUAGCUUAACAGUUCCUGGUUUGACUUGUUAGUGAAUGGCCGUAGCCUAAUAGACCUGUGUAACUAGCUGACACUACCUUGAUAGUGAGAUCAUUGGGUAGUUGACACAUUUCUUGUUCUAACUUUCUAAUUUGCUACACUGGUCAGAUGUUUAACUCUAGAACCUCUCAUAGCUACCGUUUUGAGGACAGUGGCCAUGGAAAUGGAAUUACUCAUGUCCAUUCUAGUAUUCUAUUUCUAUCUAAGUGAUCUUGUAUUUUUGUUGUGAAUAAUCAGGUGUUUUAUUUCAAAGGACAUCUGUGCAUGUAAGCUUAUUCUAUAUUCAUUCAGACUCUGAAGAGUAUCACAAUUUUUUUUAUUUUUGUCCUUCAUUAUCAAAUGUCCUGAGUAUGUCGAUCCAUCUUGUCAUAUUUCUGGUGUUAUUUUAAAGGGGUAAUCUCAUGAAGCAGGACAGUUGAACAGUUUGUGAACAAAUGCUUCCUCUAUAAUAUCAUACCGUGUUGAUGUUUCUACAGUGAGCUCAGUGUUGUGACAGUUUUUGUUGUUUUUCGCUCUGUACUCCAGCACGUUGGAUUUGAAUGAUACAUGAGGUUAAAGUGCAGACUGUCAGCUUUAGUUUGAGGGUAUUUUCAUCCAAAUCGGAUGAACCGUUAAAUAAUUACAGCACUUUCUGGUCAUAGUCUCCCUGUUUAAGGGGCCAAAAGUAUUGGGACAAAUUCACUUAUACAGGAUGUGUAUUAAAGUAGUCAAAAGUUAAGUAUUUGGUCCAAUAUUCAUAGCAUGCAAUGACUACAUCAAGCUUGUGACUCUACACAUUUCUUGGAUGCAUUUGCUGUUUGUUUUGGUUGUGUUUCAGAUUAUUCUGUGCCUAAUAGAAAUUAAUGGUAAAUAAUGUCAUUUUGGAGUCAGUUAUUGUAAAUAAGAAAAUGUUUCGAAACACUUCUACAUUGAUGUGGAUGCUACCAUAAUUACGGAUAAUCGUUAGCAUUUCACAAUUCAUUCAGGAUUAUCCAGAAUCAUGGUAGCAUCCUCAUUAAUGUAUGUGUUUAGAAACAUUCUAUUCUUAUUUACAACAAAAGUUCAUCUAAAAUGACACUACAUUAUUUACCAUUAAUUUCUAUUGUGCACAAAAUCUGAAACAAAGAAGUUAAUGUAGUCGUUGCGUGCUAGGAAUAUGGGACCAAAUACUAAACUUUUUACUACUUUUAACACAAGUGAAUUUGUCCCAAUACUUUUGGCCCCCUAAAAUGGGGAGACUAUUUACAAAAAGUGUUGUAAUUUCAAAACGGUUCACCCGAUAUUGAUGAAAAUACCCUCAAAUUAAAGCUGAUAGUCUAGUCUGCACUUUAACCUUAUAGUCAUUGUAUCAUUUCAAAUCCAAAGUGCUGGAGUAAAGAGCCAAAACAACAAAUGUCACUCCCAAUAAUUUAAGCUCACUUUAUUCACCUCUAGCAUCUUAAGGGAAGAUCACCAUUACUGAAAUCCAAAUCGACCCCUACAACCUAGGCACUCCUGUAGAUCUGAGAGAAUUGGUAAUACCAUCUGUCUAGUCCUCUCAGAUCUACAGGAAUGGCUGAACAGUAGGUGCUAGGGGUCGGUUUAGAAUUCAGUAUAUUUCCAUGGUAACAGAAGUUCCACUGGGGUUCUUUUCACUCACAUUUUUAUUGGAGUGUCUCGGGUUCCAUUAUGGUAGCCUGGUCCCACAUCAGUUUGUACUGGCUUGCCAACUCCUAUGGUCAUUGCCAUACCCAACGACCAUAGAAGUUGGCUAUACAGCACAAAGCGAUCUGGGACCAAGCUAUCAUUGACAUUCUAUCUGUAAACACUGGAUUGAGGAAGCCCAAAAUAUAGGUAAUACAACAGUUAUCUGUAUAGACCGAGAAGGUUUUCUAUAGAGGACCAGUAGUUACUAUUGCAUCACUGUCAGAUUGUAAGUCGUGUCAAAGGAGUUUGUGGCCCUUUACAAAGACUAAAGGCAGUUAGUUUUCUACUUCUGAAUUUAAGUUAAUAUAUUUUAAAAUUCAAUUAGGAGUAGAGGCAGAACUGCCACUAGUGCCUGUCUACUGUAGCAGUCAUUAACUUUUUAUUACUAGUAGUUUUGCAUGCAUCUGUGAUCGCCAAAAUGAAGGGAUAUUGUAUAAAUGUUUUUAGUAAAGACCGUAAAAAUGGUUUAUAAAUAAAUAUUUUUUUUUAAAGUAAAAUAACUUUCAUUAUCACAAUCCUAGUAAAGUUGUGAUAAAAUAAAGUUUUGACUCAGUAAGAUAUUGUAGUGAAUGGAAAAACUAGGGCCUCAAGCUUUAAUAAAUGUGUUUUUCUUUUUAAA